AUGUUGGUUCCACUCGACUCCUACCACGGCCAUCAGCACACCAUGCUGGCAGUUGGGGUGUGGGAUGGCAACAGGGAGCGACCAUGCGAGUCUCUCGCCCACCCCGUCCCUGCUCCCUGCCCCCUGUGUUUGCCUCCCUCCCAUGCUCGUCAUCUCUUCCUAUCAGCCAUGCUGUUCCCAGUCGACUCCUACCACGGCCAUCAGCACACCAUCCUGGCAGUGGGGGUGGACGGCAGCAGGAGGGGACGACAACAACACACCACCAUUCAUCCCAGUUUCCUUGUGUGUGUCUCCCUGUUCCUCCUACCAGCCAUGCUGGUCCCGGUCGACUCCUACCACGGGCAUCAGCACACCAUCCUGGCAGUGGGGGUGGACAACAACAGUGGUGCGACCUGGAGUGCAGCGAUGGACGGCAGCCUCAUCAUGUGGGGGGGUGAUGGCAAGCCCCGUCAGUCCCUCCUGCUCGGCUCGCACUACGUGUGUGGAAUGGACCUUCUAUACUCGCCCCCCUCGCUGCUGCUCGCUGCUGCUCCAAGAGUGAGUGUGUGUUGA